CUGUGCAAAUGCCGUCAAUUUCAGCAGUUUUCUCGCCGUUCUUGGUGAGGUGUCGGGUGGUAGGUUUGGGUUUUCCUGAGUGGGAUCUGGUGGGAUCUUUGGCAACACUUCAAUGGCCUUCUUCAAAUUUUCCCGACGGUGUGCGGAGUGAUGCGAUUUGCGUGGCAAGUUCGGGAUUGUUGGUCCAUUGUGUGGGAUCACAUCUUAUUUUCUGUAGACUAGGCUUGGAAGGAUAGAAGUUCACAAGGAGCUUGCCUACCAUGCUUUUCGACAUGUGUAGAUUUUGCAAGAUUUAGUACUAGUGGCCAACAAGUUGGCAGAUCAUGAGUGGAAAUGAAAGCUGAAGCGCGUGUAGUAAAGUAUAUGGCUGUAUAUUAAGAUGCAGCAUUUGUGGACAUUGCUGCAAGGGUUGUAGGAUUGGUUCGUCGGGACGAGGAUAUGGAUGAAACAGGUCCGAUAUACAAGGUCAAGGUUGUUCCGUUUCUGGGUCGGUCAGUGCCGAUUGUGCUCCAGAACGAUAAUGGCCCAUGUCCAUUACUAGCCAUCUGCAAUGUUCUUUUGUUGCGAAAUCAAGUCAAGCUUUGCACAGAUAUCACUGAAAUAUCUUCAUCAAAGUUAUUAUCUCUCAUUGCUGAGAGGCUUAUAGACACCAAUAUUUUAAAUGGGACAAAAAGUGUAGAUUAUGAGCGUAAUCUGCAGCAAAAUAUUGCUGAUGCUAUGCAAUUACUUCCUCGCUUGCGUACUGGCAUCGAUGUGAACCUCCGCUUCAGGCAUAUACACGACUUUGAGUUCACGCCGGAGUGUGCACUGUUCGAUCUUUUUGACAUCGGCCUCGUGCAUGGAUGGCUGUUCGAUCCCCAGGAUAAGGAAACCAGCGAAGUGAUAGGGUCUGACUCCUACAACACGCUUCAGGAAAAAUUGGUUGCACUUCAAGCUAGAAGAAUGGCAGAGUCUUCUGACCUUUCAGUGGAGGAGCCUACAGUUGACUUUGCUGCAGCAACAACUGCUACCCUAGGGGUGCCUACACCUUUGCCGAGGGAAAUGUGGUCUAGCGAAAUAUCAUUUGAAGAUGUUACGAAUGAGUUGAAUCAAGAGGAAUCGAAGCAAUCACCUCUUGAUCGGCAGAGGAAGGGUGAUGAUGAAGAAGCUGCCAUGUUACUGCAGGCUUUACAACUUUCUCGAAAUGAGGGUUUCCGAGAUGUGGGACUCAUUUCCACAGAAGAUAAUACCCUCUCCAAAAGUGACUUGGAUAGACAUUUAAAUGAUAAUGGCAAUUUUAGCCCGUUGUCUGGUACAUCUAUUUGCUCUGGUGGACAUCUUAUAACUCCUUUGGAAGAGCUCGACAUGCCAGUGGAAGUUGCCGAAAUUGGAGCUCGAGAAGAGAACUCUGUGACGCGUGAACCAGGUGUGUCCACGGAGAAUAAAAGUCAUUUUCCAGUCGAUGUUGUUGGCGUUGCUAGCGACCAAGGUAUCAUGAAGGAAAAUGUCGAUGAGAAAGGGUACAUAAUCACGCCAGAGCUAAGUAGCAGCUCUAUAUUUACUUUGGGUGUUGAUGUGGAUCGACCUGUCAAUCUGCUGGAUGUCGGUGGGGACAAUUUCGGAAAUCAAAAUGACACAUCGCUUAUAGAUCCUGGCCUCAAUGUUGAUAAGCAUUCGGAUGUUGUCAAUCCUUCAGCCAAAAUGACAUCGCCUUUAGAUUUAAAUGUAUCCGAUGGGCAGGCAGACUUCCCGAAUUUGGGCAGGGUCGACCUUAAUGACCUCAACGCAGAAGGAUCUUCGGACAAAGUUGAGAAAGAGAUCGUUGUAUCACCCACCGUGGCCGAACAACAGCAUACUCAUGUGCUCUCUUUUGGACCUGCAAGUCAUAGCAGCUCACGCAGUUUUGGAAGUUCUGGAUUAGAAGAUGAAGAACCUCUGUAUGAGGGAGAAGAUGACUUUGCUAACCUAGGCAGCUCUAACCAAGGUGAUAGUGAACCUUUGUACGAAGGUGAAGUAGUUUUGGCCGAGCUAGCCAGUGGAAGUGAUCAUGACCCUGAGCAGCUACAUGUACGACAUGGCGACUCAGACUCUCAGAAAGUGACAAUCACUGUGUCUGAUCGGGAAGGUAGGAUAAUUAGACAUUUCCUCGAAGACAACGCAAGUCAAUUGACAUUCUACGGGCUGUUUAGCUUGGUUGAAAAUCUCAAGGAGCAUGAGUUAUGUGUAUUUUUCCGGAACAAUCACUUCAGUACUUUGUUCAAGCGUCGUGGUAAGUUAUUGCUUCUUGCAAGUGAUCAAGGGUAUUUACACCAGCCUGUGGUUUGGGAGCAAUUGGAGUCGGUUGACGGUGACACGAUUUUUCUGAAAGGAGAUUUUACUCCUUUUACUGCCGAGGAACAUAACAAUGGCUCUUGGAACAUGAACCUUGCCUCGAAUGAGACAGCAGACGUUCAGGAUUUCAUGUCUACUCAUACCAGAUCUGAGCAAGACUUGGACUCUCAGUGCGCGUCAGACCUACAGCUGGCUUUGGCCCUCCAACAGCAAGAGUUGGAUCAGCAACAGCAGCAGCACCAACAGUUGCAACAGCAGCCGCCUCGGGUACCUGCACAGUCAUCUUCUGACCCCUCAGCAGCUACUCAACAAGCAGUUCACACUCGCAUGUUCGUUGGGCCAUCAAGGGGCCAUCCAGUUAUGCCAAAGCCAGAGUCUGCAAAGAAAGAAAAGUGUUCCAUAAUGUAGAUGAAUUUAUUUAAGGUGCAGACCAGAGCAGACCACUUUGGUGUACAUAAUCCUUAGUGCCUAGCAAGGUGCUAAAUACAGUUAAGCGCUAAGUCUGCUAAUUCUUGUUUGAAGGACAUGUAAUAGUAACAACUGGUAGGAACUAUUAUACCAAUCCUGCGGAAAUUUCUGCAUGUCUUUCGUGAAAAGCAGGAGAGCACUCAUGUUUACAAAAGUUCUAUGGUCUUUUCUCUGCCGAGUUGUUGGUUGCGACUUGCAUUUGAAUGUCAGGUGACAACCCUAAACCCUAAAUAACUUCUUAAUCAGCAUUUGGACGUCAUUCAAAAUGAUCAUCUCUAGUUGGUGAUACUAUUAAAACUAGGCAACUGUAACACUGAGAAUAAAGGAUCUUUUCCCAAUGUUGUGGUUUGCCAAGACCAACAACUAGACAUAUAUAUAUAUAUAUAGAGAGAGAGAGAGAGAGAGAGAGAGAGAGAGAACCUACAUAACCACGAAAUGUUUUUGUUGCUGUCCAUGGUGGUUGGUUGCUUCUUGACGUGAAAUGAGAUGAUUCAUUGCCAGUUUGGGAAAGUUAAUGUGGAAGGUGGAGGUUGGAGUUAGGCGGUCAAGAAACCCAGUGACAAAGAUGAAGCUAGGUCUCUCCAUGAUGAGGGUUCUAGAAGUUUUGCGAAUUUAUUGCCUAAGACAUGAAGUUACAUUUAAUUGAGUUAACACUAAAAGCAGAUGUGAUUGAAAUCUGUAAUAUGUGGGAGAUCUGCAGAAUUGUACAUAAUUACCUUGGGUAAUGAAGAGUAAGCAGGAGGGCUUUUCAAUAUAUAGUAUCUCUAUAUAAUACGUUGGAGGACUCAACCAAGGUAAAUGAGACAAACGGAUGGAGCUCAUCUUAAUUUUAACUUCUAUUGAAUUUUAUUUUUUAUUCCAUCCUCCUUGUUUGA